AUGGAGGAGGAUGAAAAGGUUGAGAGUUUGGUGGCUAUGAAGGAUCAGAAGCAACUGGAUAUGUGCGCUGACGGAUUUGAGAUUGGGAGGCUAAGUAAAUUAGUUGGCUCCGAAGCUACGCAUUUAACAGCUGAGUUAGAGGAAUUGUAUCAUAAAAUGCUUGCCAAGCUCGAUGGGUUGUCAAAAGUGGUCGAACAGGGCUCUGCCAAAGUUCCGGAGCAGGUGAGAAUUCUAAGUAAGAUUGAAUAUUCGAAACGGAUUGAAAAAUCAAAUUCCAAUAUCUCAGAACCUGAGGCAAUAUAUCUUUUUUAA